UCCCGCCUUCCCGAGUGUGUGUGUGUGUGUGUGUGUUGGGGGGGUGGCCUCUACCCUAGGCCUUUCAGUUUGCGCACCAGGGCAGGCCUGCCGUGAGGAGGGUGGGAGUUCCCGCAGCCGUUGACGGUUAGUCUGUCUCAUGUAUCCUCAACUGGUCUGGGAAUCCUGACCUUUCUGCCUCAAUCAAGUUCUGGGAUUACAGUCAGGCAGCACCUUCAUGAUGGAGGAACUAGAGCAAGGCCUGUUGAUGCAGCCAUGGGCAUGGUUACAACUUGCUGAGAACUCACUCUUGGCCAAGGCUUCUAUCACCAAGCAUGGUUAUGCCUUGCUGAUUUCGGAUCUUCAACAGGUGUGGCAUGAACAGGUGGACACUUUGGAGGUCAGCCAGCGAGCCAAGGAGCUGAACAAGCGCCUCACCGCUCCCCCUGCAGCUUUUCUCCAUCACUUGGAUGAAGUGCUUCGCCCACUGUUUAAAGAUUCUGCCCACCAGGAUGCUGCUCACCCUAGCAAAGCCACUUUCUCCUGUGAUCGUGGAGAGGAGGUAUUGAUCCUGAGGGUGCGGAGUGAGCUCUCUGGUCUCCCCUUCAAUUGGCAUUUCCACUGUCUUCCAGCUAGUUCUUUACUGGUCUCUCAGCAUUUGAUUUGUCCUCUGAUGGGUGUGAGCUUGGCAUUGCACAGUCAUGUGAGGGAGCUAGCAGCAUUGCUUCGGAUGAAGGACCUUGAGAUCCAGGCCUACCAGGAGAGUGGGGCUGUGCUGAGCCGAGGUCGAUUGAAGACAGAGCCAUUUGAAGAAAAUUCUUUCUUGGAACAGUUUAUGGUAGAGGCAUGAACCAUCCUGGAAAAAAGACUUCUGGCUCAGUGGUUAAGAACACUUGCUGCUCUUGAGGAAGACCCAGAUUCAGUUCCCAGUACCCAGAUGGUAGCUCAUAACCCGGCUAUGAACAGUUCCGGUAGAUCUGAUGCCCUCUUCUGGCCUCCUCUGUCAUUGAAUACACAACACAUGGAGAGAAAAUGGUCAUACAGAUACAAUUAAAAUAAAUAAAUCUUUGCUGGAUGUGGUGGUUCAUGCCUUUAAUUCCAGCACUGGGAGGCAGAGGGAGACAGAUCUUUGUGAGUUCCAGGCCAGCCUGGUCUACACAGCUGAUCCUAUGACAGCCAAGGUGACUCAAAGAAGCCAUCUCAAAAUCAAAUCAAAUUGAAUCAAAUCAAGUCAAACAAAAACUCAAAACAAAACAGAAAGAUAAACAAACAAGAAUUUUUAGACAUUUGGCUGUUAGGAGCAUGGAACCUCAGGUGCUAGUUCACGUUAAAGGGCUCUGAUAUGAGGUGGAAGAUGAACUCUAAAGAUUUCUUUCUCAUUGCCAAGGUUUGAGAUUCUAAGGUUAAAUGGUGUAAGCAAGAGAUAAAGUCAAGGACUGUGGUGAUUCUCCGUAGGGCAUUGAUUCUAACCUUAAACUAUGCUGUAGGCAACUUAAUGAGGUACAGGAAAAGGAAGGAGGGGCUUUCGUUUGGUUUGUUUUCUGGUCUGCCGUAUCAGCUAGAUAUGAGGUCUUUCUUGCCCAGAUUGAUCACAUGUUUGGUCAGCACUAUCUUAGUCUUCUGGUAGAGGACCACCAAAUUGUUUCUAGAGGUUGAGGGAUCUAGGAUUGAGGAGAGGAGUAAAUAUUGACAGAGUUGGUGGGACUCAGGUGAGAGAUAAGAAAUGAGCUUUGGAUUAGAAGUGUGGAUUAUUGGCAGGGUCACUUGACAGCCCUAUUUGGAGGAUGGUGAUGGUGAGGAAAUAGUCAAGAAAAGAGGCUAAGAGCCCAGGUCAAUAGGACAGCGAGGUGGAAGGCAUUGGCUACACAAUCAAAGGGCUUUCCUUGCUGGGUGGGGGCGGCAAUAAGGGCAUGGAGAGGGAGCCUGUUUGGAAAGUAAACCAAACAUUUAAAGGAUUAGAGAGUCUCACGAGGAAAGAGGUGGGAACUCUGAAUUCCUCUGUUGCUAAAGGAUGAAAAGAAAUAAGCAGAUCAAGCCUGAACCUCUGUUUCUUUACUAAUACUCUUUAGCUCAGGAGAGCCACAAUCAGGAAAGGAAACCAGGUAGGAGCUAUUCACCAAAGAGAAUCUUAAAAGAUUGGUGGCUUCCAAUUACUUUUAAGAUAAAGUCCAAAUUCCCUAAUCUGUCAAAGGCCCUUUAUAAUCUAAGCAUUACUUUUACCUCUACUUCUGUAGCCAUUUUUAUGCUAGCUAGGCCACACCCACACCCACACAUCUUCACUUUCAGUCACUGUGAGCUGCUAUCAGUUCCCGGAGCCUAUUCUUUUCUGUGGGUGCUGGGACUUGAACCCAGGUCCUCUGGAAGAAUAGCCAGUGCUCUUAACUAUUGAGCCAUCUUUCCAGCCCACCCAUUGUUUUCUUGUCUGUAGUUUUUAGCAUGGUGGGGGUUCCUCCUUGUGACACUGCUGGAGGCACACAUACAACAACAAAGGUUUUCUUCAGCUUGCUCUGUUUUUCUACAUGAAGCAAGUGCUGUGCCAGGAGCUGACUGUUUGCCUCUCCUCUGUUUGCAUUUCAGUGAAGGUGUUAAUUCCUCUGAGGGUAUGUCCUCUGGUCCCCUACGUUCUGCCUCCCUUAUACACUUGCUAUUCCCCUUUGCUGUUGUAAGCCUUCUCAACCGUACUGUAAUUACUAUCUUUUGUGGCCCCCCUCCCUAGGGACAUUGCACAUUGUUUAUUAUGGCUGAUCCAUUGAAAGCUUUCAAUACUUUUUCUUAUUUCAUCUCCUCUCUCUUCUGCCCUUUCAUCCAAUUCUUCCCAUCCUCCUCCUCCCCUCCUCUUCUCUCUUUUUUCUUCAUAGGAUCUUACUUAUAGUCUAGGCUAGCCUAGAAACCAGUCUUCCUGCCCUGGCUUCCCUAGUGCUAGGAUUACAGGCAUACACUACCCCUACCAGCAGCUGUAGUGUGUUCAAAGGACUUUUGUCUUGAUGAUGGUAUAGCUAUCUGGUAAAAUAGGCAGACUGCACUGAGUACAAUCAACACAAGAGUUCGAUCACCUACUUAGAUAAAAAGGAAUAAAAAUAAGCUGGUGUAGUGGUGCUGGCCUUUGAUCCCAGCACUGUGAAAGCUGAAGCAGGCAAAUCUCUUUGAGUUAGAAGACAGCCUUGUCUACAUAACAAGUUCAAGGACAGUCAGGGCUCUAGAAUGGGACCUUGCCUCAAAAUGAAUAAAAUAAAUAAAAAUAAGGUACCAAUUUACAUAGUCAUUAUUUUGUGUUAAGCCCACUAAGACUUGGCUUAGGGAAAUUGAGUGAAUCCAAGUUUUACAAGUCACUGUGGUGGAGACCUCAUCCUUUCACUUUCUAGUACAACUCUUUCCCUACAGUUCCACAUAUCUAUAAGACUCUGUCCUAAUGAGAUAUAUUCAAUGAGAAAACUACUGUCAAGUCUCAUUGUAAACCUGCCAGUUGAAGUGCAGGUUCUGAAGUGAAAGGAACAUGGGUAAGCAGGAAUUAUUCCCACACAGAAAGUCAAGAAAAAUGUUAGAACUAUGCAACAUGGGAAUGAACUGAAGGAGAUUGGAAGGACUCCUCUAUCUGGGAGAAGCGUCUGAGACACACUGACAUUUUCAGCUGUCAAAGUGGAGUGAGAACAGAAAUGGGGGUGGGCACAUAUUUGGCAAUCAUCUUCCAAGGCUAUCAAUUCUUUAAUCCCUAAACAAGUAAGGUGGAGGAGCUUUAUAAUGGAAUCAGCCUGUAACCAGCCAGGAGGGCUGCCUCUCAGCUCUUUUUAUCUCUCAGCUUGGGAACUGGAGUGAUGAGUAUUAUCAUCCAAUUCAGUGGGAAACCUAGUCUGUAGGGAGAGCUCACCAGGUUCAAACUUUAUCCCUGUGUCCUGCCUUUGGGCAGAGAAGAGCAUGGCCCUGCAGGAUCAGUAGAUUCUAGCCUUCAGGACCAGACACUCUCUGUCCUGCUGUUCCCCAAGUGUCUCCUGGGGAGUGAUUUAAGGCCAAGGUGACAGUGGGUUUGGAGCCCAGAUGAAAGGAUUUCGGGGACCACAAGACAAGAUCCCUUGUGUGGUGGCUGCUGGAAAGAGGAGGGAGUGUGUGAGGGUCAGUGACGCAAUUGCCCUGGCUCGCAGGCAAGGAGGAGGAGAAGGCUCGCAGUGUGUCUCCUUAUAAAGAGGACUUCACCACAUGAAGCAGGGGGUGAAGGUGAUCCCAGUGUGAGUCACCCAGGAAGGGACGCCGUGUGCCCGAAGCCCAGAAAGGAGGAUCUGUGGAUUUCCCACUCUUCCUUCUAUGAUCUUGUGCAUAGUCUGGGUUGUUUCAGUCCGGCCAGUUACAUUGCUCCUCUCCUGCCACUAACCACCCCCGUGGACUAUUCUUGAUAUGUCUGGGUUUCGAAUCUGUCAAUUUGUUCUUGAGUUCUAGUUGUUUUGUUUUAGUUUGUUUUCUACUGAAAUUUGGAAUCUAUUGAUUUCAGGAAACCCAAACCAUAACUAAUUGUGUUUGUCUUUGAGAAGAUGGCCUGGUGGCUCUUUGCCAAGCACAGUCCUGGCUCUUAGAUUGUGUUUGCUUUUCUCUUUAUCUUCAGCCAAGGCAGGUAUCACAUCCUGGACUGGAAUCUGCAGGGAUUCUAGGGCGCCCUGAAUCCGACGGCUGCUCACUUGAUGGCAGCUAUAGUCUGCCCUUUAUUGAGGUUUGGGACUGUAGAGAGCUCUGGGGAGUUUCCCUGUAAUCAGCCAGCCACCAGCCCCACACUGCCUUGUAAUAAAGCAACUCUAUAUUUGUUCUGUUUAUAGUCUCCUCUGUAAUAAUGCCACAGCCCUCACUUCUCUUUCUCUUUAGGGAGAUUUUCUGGGUAAUAGAAAAUUCUGAAAUGUUAAAAGAGGAGUGUAGACUCAGAAGACAUUUUUAUCUAGACCGUCUUCAUCUGGGAAGGUGCCCAGGGAAGGCAGGCAGUCUGCGCCUUGAGGAAGCAGCAUGCUGCGGUGAGCAUACAUGCGCUCACAUGUGUGUACAUGUGUAUGUUUAUGUGUUCAUAUAUGCAUUGUGUGUGUGCUAUAUGCACUUACAUGCAUGUAUACUGUGGCCUAAGGACAUAUAUAUGAAGACGGGCCCUGUGGGAGAAGCUGAGGAUGUGUGCUGGUGCGGAUGCCGGGUAGCACCCUUGUGAAGAAUGUGAGUGGUCUAUGGAAGGGGUGAGCACAGCAAUGGGCAGGUUUCAGAACUGCCAGCUCUGUUGAGCAGUGCUAGGCUAGGUCUGGAAUAGACUCUUUCAAAGCCAUCCUUCCAUUCAUUCUUACAAUGACACCCCUUUUCUCUGUCUCCCAGCCUUUUGGGGCCUAGGCCCAUUGAUUUUGCUAGUGUUCCAUAUUCUUUUUGCCUUUCCUCACCUCACUUGCAGCUAGUCAGAGAGAAGCCAGAGACACACUGUUGAGGGAAAGGGUCUGUGUGGUGAGUUGUGUUCAUGCUGUUCCUCCCCCACAGUGGAGGCUCUGCAUUCAGAUUUAACCUGGAUGGCCGACACUGAGAACUGUUGUUGCCAGGUUGUUACUGACAAUUCUGAUUCUGCCCAUUUCCCGACCCCCCCCCCCAAGAUUCUAUAAAUACUUUAUUAUAUGGCACUAAUAAAACUUCAAGUAUUUCUUUUUAUUAGAACCACAUAAUAUGGUAAUUGUGUGACAGAACACAGCUCCCGUGAGCAGCCCCCACCUUCCUAGGUGUGGCCUCUCAGCACCUCAGCGUGGGUUAGGCCCACAGGCCCCUCUGUUCCUGACUGUGUGAGGGGCUGGGUUGGUGCUUUCAGACAGAACUAAGGGGUCAAGGCUCUGAGCAAGACCGACUUAGAGGUGUGAAGAGAUAUUUUAUCAGUUUUCCAGUAGUUUGUCCUCAAGUGUGAGGGUGGCAAGAAUUUCUUCAUUUAGUAUUAAGUCUAACUAGUACAGAGGCUCCUUGACCUGCUUUUCCUUUUAGUAGGACUGUCAUGUGGUGUAGAAAUAGGCCUUGAACUUAGACCUGGGGUGAGAGGUAAGAGUUAUUUGGUUAUUUUUGAUCCACAGUACUACUUUAAAACGUCAUUCUUCUUGAUGUCUCCUGUCUCAAGAUAUGUAGAUGUAUCAUAUCCGUACAUAUAUAAAACCAUAUAUUCAUGUACACAUGCACACACACGUAUAUGUAUAUGUAUAUGUAUAUGAUGCAUAUAUAUACAUACAUGUAUGUUGUGAUUGAACUUGUGUAUUGUGCAUGCCUGGCAAGUCCCCUAUCACUGAAAUAUACCCCUAGCUAUGGGUACAGAGAUUCACCCUUUACAUUUUUUACCUCUUCAGCCUGAGAAUGUCUUUCCUCUUAAACCUGUCAUCCUUCUCUUUGUCUGCUAAUUCAGUUUGUAUAUCUUUUGUUACUGUUAAUAUAUAACCUGCAAAGUUAACUGUUUGAGUCGUAUUUGAUCCUUGGUUCUUUCCAGCGUGAUCUGAUUUUGAACCUUGUCUGCUCUCUGCUUUAGCAGUUGAAGUAGGUCAGUGUAUUUGUACCAAAGCUUUUUUUAUUCUUCCUGAAUUGUGUGUGAUUUAGCUUCUGUAUCCUAAUUUGCAAAGCAUGAGAAUUAGGGAUUCCUACCUGGGUAGCAGCUAACAGAGCCUCCAAGGCCAAGGAUGUGAGGCACAUGUUUAGUCUUUUCUUAAUUGCCCACGUGCCCAUGUUUGCACAGAGGCAAACCCCUAAACUGGCCCCUACUGUCCACCCAUUACUCCCCAUGGGGAUGUAUGGGCAUAUGCUUAUUCUACCUUUCUGGCCUAGCCAAAGUUAAUAUUAGACCUUCUGACUGGGCAGUUAUUCCCGAAAGCCACAGGGCGUUGUUAAUAUUCAUGUGACCGCAGGGAUCCAUCAAUAUUCAUGAGAUAUCCACAGUCUUCCUUCAGGCUCUUAGCUUGGAGAAAACAAGAAUGAUUAGAGUUUCUAGAACUUAAAACUAACCCUAUUUCCUAGAGUUUUUUGAGGAGGAGGCAAACCUUAAGAGUAAAUGUCUGGGCCAAGAGUAAGAGAAGUUUUCAUGCCAGUAUCCUGAACUGGUCUGACAAUUUGGUGGAGUUGUACUGGACUGCUGAUGUAAAUGUUCUUGUCCUUACCCAGCAUUUACUGAAUACUACUGGGUUUAGAUUUCUUGAGCACAGGCACUGGAAUGGAGAAUAGGAAACUAGCCUCUGUGUGUGUGUCUAUAUGUGUUUUUGUGUACAUGUGUACAUACAUUUGCAUGUUUGUGUACAUGCUUGUGGAAGCCAGAGGUCAGUGUUCUCAAUAGUUCUCUUAUUUGCAAAUUUUUUAAAAAAAGUUUGUGUGUGUGUGUGUGUGUGUGUGUGUGUGUGUGUGUGUGUACACAUUCAUGUGUGUGAAUGGAGAUGCAUGCAGUGCCAAGGCAUGUGUGUGGAGAGCAGAGAACCGCCUUCUACCCUGUCUGAAGCAGGUUCUCUUGCUUUUUUUACCACUUCGUGUGCCAGGCUCACUGGUGGCUUGUGAUCUAAUGGAUAUUUUCCCCAUCUUCCCAUAGAAAUGCUGGGAUUACAGAUGUGUGCUACUGUGCCUGGCUUUACAUGGCUUCUGAGGAUUCAAACUCAGGUCCUUAUCCAUGUGCUUUAUCAAUUGAGCCAUCAUCUCCUCAGUACUCAAACUGAUUUUAAGACAAGGUCUCUCACUGAGCCUUGACCUUGCAGAUUCAGUUCAUCAGCUGACAAGCUUCAUGGAUCCUCUCAUUUCUGCCUUCCCAGUGCAGUGCUAAGAUUAUCGAUACAUCCAUCAUAUCCCAGCAUACAUACAUACACACAUACAUACACAGAUGUGUGAGAGUGUGUGUGUGUGUGUGUGUGUGUGUGUGUGUAAGUAUUGAACUCAGGUCUUUCUGCUUGUAUAACAAAUACUUUGCCAAUGGAGUCCUCUCAGACCCAGAAACUAGCAUUUUUAGUACUUGUUAAGUGCUGGUAAUAUGAAGAUGACUGACAUGAUUCCCCUCCCAAGCAUCAGGUGUCGUAGAAGUGGGGACAGCUAUUUAUACAUGCACAGCCCAAGAAAGAGUGCUGCACUGGGGGAAAGCGAAGUGAGACAAAUGGAGUAUUCUCUGGAGAAAUUAUGGAAUCUCAGAAAGCUCAUAAGAAAUGGCUAGAUGUAAAGCAGUGGUUCUCAACCUGUGACUCUUGACCCCUUUGAGGGGCUCAGAUGACCUUUCACAGUGGUUGCUUAUCAGAUAUCCUUCAUACCAGAUUUUUACACUACAAUUCCUAACAGUGGUAAAAUGAUAGGUAUGAAUAGCAACUAAAUAACCUUAGGUUGGGGGUUACCAGAGCAUGAGGAACUGUAUUAAAGGGUCACGCAUUAGGAAGGGUGAGAACCCCUGAUAAGGAAGGCUUACUUUGAGGACCCUCCUUCUGGUUUCCCUGUUUGUCAGCUUGACUACUGCCUUCGUCAGGGCUUCCCCUGUCCUCAGAGCUGUUUGAGAAGAACUUGUAAGUGUGCACUCUGGGGUGGGGAAUAGUCUGGUGUUCUCCCGCCUGGUGUUUUUAUUUUUGUUUUUUCCUCUUGAAAGAUUUAACUUAGUUUGCCAAACUGUGACCUAUUCUUUGGUUUGGUUUGGGAACUUAGCCAUGGUGGUGAUAUAUACCUUGGAGGUGGGGUAAUUGUGGAAUCUCAGAAAGCUCACAAGAAAUGGCUAGGUGCAAGGCAGGAGGAUUUGGAGCUCUCAGUCAUCCUCCAUAGCCAGCUGAGGCUAGCCUUAGAAAAGUGCACAUGCGAUCCAGUACUUAGUAAGCUAAGAAGACAGUUGGAAGUUCAAGGCCAGCCUGGGAUACACAGUAAAAAGCAAAGUUUGUUUUGUUUCAUUUUUAAGACAAGAAUAAAAGUCUAUUGCCUUUGGAUUUUUUUGGUUUUUGUUUGUUUGUUUUGUGUGUGUGUGUGUGUGUGUGUGCGCGCGUGCGCGCGCGCGCGUGCGUGCGUGUGUGUGUGUGUGUGUGUGUGUGUGUGUGUGUGUGUUUUGAAACAGGGCCUCCUGUAACCCAGAUUAUCCUCAAACUGACUAGAUUGGCUUUGGAUUCUUGAUCUUUCUGUGUCCAACUCCUAAGUCCUGGGAUUACAGACAUUAGAUUCUGCCUAAAAAAUAUAGACAAACAACCCAACAACAAAAUCCAAAACAAAAGGCCAGAGAUGACAGUAUAGCUGAGGAAAGGGAGCACCAGGCCCAGGCCACCUCCUAUUUAGGUAUAUUUAGGAUUAAUUUGCUCUUGGGAUUUUGGUGUCAAGCCUGAAUAACUCAUGGGGCCUUAGUUUUCAUGUAGGAAAACCAGAGGAAUAAUAAAUGGAUUAUACUCCCAGGCACUCCAUUCAUGAUAGUUUAAAAAGAGAUAAACACAAUGAUAGCAAGCAUCAUGAUAACACACUGAUGGUGAUGAUGAUGAUGAUGGUGGUGGUGGUGAUGAA